GCCGGUCAUGAUAAGAAGAAGAAUGAUCCUGAAAGUUAUGCAAAGCUGCAAAGUCGCUUGAGAACUGGCAAAACGGUCAGAUGAAAGCUUGUGUAAGUUUGCGUAUGGCCAAGACACACUCACCGGCGGGGAUAUCUCUGGCUAUAACACAGAUAAACCUUAAUUUUGAUGCUGUACACAGACAGUUGACUAUGGACGAGUAGAUUGAUCGAUCAGGUUUUCAUCGAUGCCGUGCGCCUGCGCUUAGUGACGGAAGUUGACGGCCGAAACAUUCGUCAUCACGAGCAAGUUACCGUCCCUUGACAUCCAUACAGGGUCGCAACAAACCUAUAUCUCUAUUCUCUCUUCUACUACCACCGACAACAGCGACGGGCGUCGACUACAAUCUAUCUUCGUAUUGACAGCAUCAUGAUUCGUACACCACUCCACAACAUCCUACCUUCCCUGCGGAUCCCCAUCGUAUCCGGUCCGAUGGGCGGAGCAGCGGGGGGCAGGCUCGCUGCCGAAGUCUCUCGGGCAGGGGGGUUCGGGUUCGUCGGAGGAGGUUACCUGACUCCCUCUCAACUCGAUCAAGAAUUCGCGGUCGUCGAAUCGAUAUUGGAAAGAUCUACAGGAUCUUCACACCGGAUGGAGAUCGGGGUCGGCUUUCUAGGAUGGAAGUUGUCCCAACUCGAUAGUUCACCCACAUCAACAUUGAGCAACUCCGCCUUUGAUCCUGCGAGCCGACCCAAAGCGUUCGCUUGUAUCGAUAGUACCCUGAAGAAACUUCCUCGAGCCAUCUGGCUUGCAUUCGGGAAGUCAAGCGAUCUUUCGAAGUGGGCAAAAGCGUUCAGGGAGAGAGAACGGGCUUUACACGGGGAUCGCACAGAGGACUCAUGGAAGCUGUUCGUCGGGGUGGGGAGCGAGCAGGAAGCCAAGGUCGCCGUAGAAGAGGUCGGAGCGGACGUCGUCGUAGCUCAAGGUAUCGAAGCCGGAGGCCAUGGGAACGGCUCCUCCCCACCACUCUCGACCUUGCUACCUCACAUCGCCCGCCGAUUAUCGUCCUAUCGACCUCUAAACCCCGAUUCCAAACCGAUUCUGCUCGGCGCCGGAGGCCUGUCCAACGGCGAACACCUCGUCUCCUGCUUGGCUCUCGGGGCUUCAGGAGCCGUAUACGGCACUCGGUUCCUGUUGACACCCGAGAGUUGUUACCCUGACGAGCGUAAACAAGUCCUCCUGCACGCCAAAGAAGGAUCGACCGUCCGGAGCAUGGCAUUCGACGAAGCGAGAAGCACUCUCGACUGGCCAGAAGGGGUGGACGGGCGAGGAAUCCGGAAUGCUACCGUAGACGAUUACGAAGCUGGGCGGGACGAUAAAGCUGCACGUCAAGCGACCUAUAUGGAUGCGGAGAAACGAGGGGAUGCGGAUCGACUGAUUGUCUGGGCAGGAACAGGCGUAGGUAACAUGGACAAGAUCGCCCCAGCUGGAGACGUCGUACGUGAAUUAGAGCAAGAGGCCUUGCAGUCAAUGGAGCGAGUCGAGGCCAUGUCGGAUAGCACGUCAUGACGGUGCUCGAUCAGCACAUCUCAGAAACAGA